AUGAAGCCACGGAGAAAUUUAAAUAAAAAGACAAAUCAUUAUGCUAUCAAUGCCUGCUUGGCGCCAGUCUGUUCUCUGCAUGGUUUAGCAGUCACGACGAUAGAGGGCAUAGGUAGCUCCAAAACUCGUCUCCACCCAGUCCAGGAGAGGAUCGCCAAAGCCAAUGGGACCCAGUGCGGCUUCUGCACUCCAGGGUUUGUGUUGUCAGCAUAUGCACUCUUACGGAACAAACCCAAGCCCUCCAUGAAAGAAGUGGAGAAAUCGUUUCAAGGUAACUUAUGCAGAUGUACAGGAUAUCGGCCCAUCCUGGAUGGUUUAAGACCCUUCACUGAGGAAAACCUGUGUGGGAGAGGCAAGGAAUGCUGCAGGAACCGGGAAUCUGGUGAUCUUGGUGAGGUACCAGCACCCGCCUCGUGUUCGCCUAGCGCCUAUGUGCCCGAAGACCAGACGCAGGAACCCAUUUUUCCACCAGAACUUCAGCUUCAGCACGACUUCUCAUCGAAGUUAUUGGUGUUCAAGGGAGAGAGAACCACGUGGUACAGACCAGCAACCUUGGACCAGCUCUUAGAACUGAAGGCACAGUAUCCAGAAGCCAUUUUGAUUACAGGAAAUACUGAAAUUGGUAUUGAAGUGAGAGCCAGAAAUAUUUGCUAUCCAGUCGUCAUAUCAGCACGACACGUGCCAGAACUUCUCCAGGUGAAGGAAGAAGACAGCCAGAUAAGUAUCGGAGGGUCUGUGACGCUUUCAACGCUAGAAGAGGUCCUUAUUAAAGCAUCGGAACGUUUACCAGAAUUCCAGAGUCGUUUCCAUGUCGCUAUCAUAGAGAUGUUAAGAUGGUUUGCUGGACCUCAAAUCAGAAAUGUUGCGUGCGUUGCGGGAAAUAUCCUAACUACUCGGCGGAUUUCUGAUCUAAAUACCCUCUUCAUAGCUACAGGGUGCUAUGUUACAUUGGCUUCGAAAGACCAGGGCCAAAGAAAAUUGCCCCUUGAUCACAAUUUCUUCAUAAGCCAAAGAAAGACGCUGGUUCAGGAGAAGGAAGUGCUGGUGGCUGUUCACAUACCCUACUCAAAGAAGAAUGAGUAUUGUUAUGGUUACAAGCAAGCCCAGCGACGUGAGGAUGACGUUGCUAUUGUUAAUGCCGGUAUCAGAGUGCUCUUCCAGGACAAUUCUAACGUGAUUGACAAUAUGUCUCUCGUGUUUGGCGGCCUGGCUACGACAUCUUUGGUGGCUCAUAAUGCAGCCAAGCAAGCACAGGGAAGGAGGUGGGCGGAUGAUCUGGUGCCAGACAUGUGCCGCUGGCUAGCAGACGACCUUCCUCUAUCCCAGGAUGCACCUGGCGGACAAGUGGAAUACAGAAGAACGUUGGUCAGCAGCUUCUUCUUUAAAUUCUACCUGACAGUCCAACUUCACUUGAUGCAGUGCAAGCAAGGGCAACCUGCGCCCAAGGUCCUCUCCUCUGACAUGAGUGCCACUCACGUGUUUCACAGAGACCCAAGCCGAAGCACUCAGGUGUACGAGGAUGUGCCAGACGACCAGUCACUUGACGAUGCCGUGGGACGCCCAAUGCCCACCAUGUCCAGCGUUCAGCAAACCACAGGAGAGGCGCAGUAUUAUGAUGAUAUGCCAUGCGCAGACGGUGAACUUUUCCUGACUUUGGUCACUAGCACCAAAGCUCACGCCAAGAUCCUAAGUAUUGACGCCAAUGAAGCUUUGGCCAUGCCAGGAGUGCAUGCAUUUCUGUGCCACAAAGACGUCCCGGGAUCAAAUAUCAAACGCCCGGUGAAUGAGGAUGAGAUAUUUGCUUCAGAAGAGGUCCAUUGUAUCGGCCAGGUGAUUGGAGCCAUAGUCGCCAAUUCCAGAAUCCAGUCUCAGAGAGCAGCCAAGAAAGUGAAAGUUGAGUACAAGGAGCUACCUGCUGUUUUAACGAUAGAGGAUGCUAUAAAGGCGGAGUCUUUCUUCCCAGGAGGAAGGACAAUCGUAAAGGGUGACCUGGACAAGGGCUUUGGUCAGUCGGAUCACGUGUUGGAAGGGGAGUUGAGAAUGAGUGGUCAGUCGCACUUUUAUCUGGAGACGCACGUGACGCGUGCUGUACCCAGGGGAGAAGAUGGCGAGAUGGAGGUGUUUUGUGCCACACAGGCGCCACAUUUUGCACAGGCAGUGGCUGCCGAGGCCCUUGGCGUUCCUGCUAAUAGGAUCAACAUCCGGGUCAAGAGGAUAGGGGGUGGUUUUGGAGGUAAACAAACGCGAGCGUUUGUUGUCAUGUUGCCAGUCCUGAUAGCGGCUAAGAAAUUUAAUCGUCCAGUGCGUUGUAUGCUGGACCGUCACGAAGACAUGCUUAUUUCUGGAGGGAGACAUCCGUUCUUGGGAAAAUACAAGGUGGGGUUCAGCAAGGAAGGACGCCUGGAGGCAUUAGACGUGACACUGUACUCAAACGCAGGUCAUUCCACCGAGGCAUCAGUCGGGGUUCUCGACAAAGCCAUGGUUAAUGUGGACGGUAGUUACUUUAUCCCUAAUAUGAGGGUCACUGGUAUCAUCUGCAAGACAAAUUUGCCGUCGAACGCUGCCUUUAGGGGGUAUGGCUCACCCCAGGGUAUAUUUGUCAGUGAAAACGUAAUGUUUGACGUUGCCGCCUACCUUGAUAUUGCACCAUUGGAGUUGCAAGCACUGAAUAUGUACAAAGAAAAUGGCUUGACGCAUUACAACCAACACGUGACCAACUGCAACCUGCAAGGCUGCUUGGAUCAGCUGCUGGAACAGAGCAACUAUGUAACUCGGAGGACUGAAGUCGACGUAUUCAAUAGCGAAAAUCGUUGGAAGAAAAGGGGAAUCGCCAUCACUCCCACAAAAUACGGGGUUUCCUAUGGAGGCUCAGGAUUCUUAGACCAGGGGGCUGCGCUAAUACACGUUUACCAAGGCGACGGUUCCGUCUUGAUCACACACGGAGGGACAGAGAUGGGACAAGGUCUUCACACUAAGCUUAUACAGAUUGCCAGCAGAGUGUUGAAAAUCCCCGUAUCAAAGAUCCACAUUAGCGAGACAAGCACCAGUCUUGUUCCCAAUGCCACCGUCUCUGGAGCAAGCUCCUGUUCCGACAUCUUUGGCAUGGCCGUCUUGAGAGGCUGUGAGAUAAUUAUGGACAGAUUGGAGCCGUAUAUAGAUGCCAACCCUGACGGCGCUUGGGAAGACUGGGUUAGAGCGGCGUACAUGGAUAGAGUCAGUCUUUCUACCACAGGGUUCUAUAAGACCCCAGAUGUUGGCUACGAUCCCAAAACCAAUACUGGGAUGAGGUUCAAUUACUUCACCUUUGGCGCCGCGUGCACAGAAGUGGAGAUAGACUGCCUGACCGGAAGUCACGUGGUGCGGCGAACAGAUAUUGUCAUGGACGUGGGGAAGAGCUUGAACCCAAUGAUUGACAUCGGCCAGAUAGAGGGGGCCUUUCUGCAGGGUUACGGGUUUGUCACGCUGGAACACCUCAAAUAUUCUCCUGAAGGAAGCCUUCUCAACCGAGGUCCCGGAAGUUAUAAGAUACCCGGAUGUGGUGAUAUUCCAGGAGUGUUCAAUGUUUCUUUCCUGAAGGGGGCUUCGAAUCCAAGAGCGAUAUAUUCCUCUAAGGGUGUUGGCGAGCCUCCCCUGAUGUUAGCAGCGUCAGUCUUUUAUGCCAUUAAGGAUGCAAUAAGUUCUGCGCGUGCAGACGCUGGCAAGUCACGAACGUUUCGAUUGGACAGUCCAGCUACGUCAGAGAGAAUCAGAAUGGCGUGCGAGGAUCAGUUCACCAAACAGUUUCCACCCAGUGAGCCUGGCACAUUCAAACCUUGGUUCGUCAACGCAUAAUAAAUGAUGACUCCCUUUCAUUGGAGUAUAUGCACAAUUC